AUGACCCCCCAUUAUUAUACCACAAUCACUGAUGACAAGAUUCAACUAUUACAGCAUGCAGUCGCAGAUCUUACCAACAAACUUAAUCUUCUGGGAAUCAAAUUUCGAAUUGUGCAUGAUCUCACCCCAUUGCCAGACGUGUUCUACGCGGUAUCACUCGAGUUGCUGGACAAUACACAGGCCAAGCUUUUGCGCGGCGUGAUCGGGGUCCAAGAUGUAAAGCAAGUAGGAUUGGUAACUCGGGGUCCCACCUAUUCAGGAAAAGUUCUUUCAAAACCUUUGACCACCACGGUGGAAAAGUUUCCACCACACCUUCAGACGAACGUCAGCAUGCUUCAUAAGCAAGGUAUAUAUGGGAAAGGGAUAAAGGUAGCUUUAAUCGAUUCUGGGGUAGAUUGUACUCAUCCGGCAUUCGGUGGUGGCUUCGGGAAGGGGAAAAAGAUUGCUUUUGGCAUGAGCCUCGUCGAGAACGCCGACGCGCAAUCUCAGCGAAAUAAGGGAGCAAUCUCAAAUCCCUGUAGCGAUGACUCUCGACAUGGAACACACACCGCUGGCAUAAUUGCCGCUGCAGACGUUGGAUACGGCUUUCAAGGAGUUGCUCCUAAUGUGACCAUCGGAAUGUACCCUUUUCAGGGAAGACUUGGGAACACCGACGACGUGAUAAUCAAGGCGUUGCUACAAGCCCAAAUCGAUGGAGCGGACAUCAUCUCACUCUCCUUGGGUUCUCCAGGAGGCUGGUCCAGCGGAAAAGAGAUACUAGAAGUUGUCAACAGUUUGGUGGAAGAAAAGGGGAUGAUAAUAAUCGUUUCUGCUGGCAAUGAGGGGACGAAUGGUUUAUUUUCCGCCGGCUCUCCAGCCUCUUCUCGGGCUGCCAUAUCCGUUGGCUCUGUCGAUUCCAGCUCACCAAUGGCCAGGUCAUUCAACACAUCUACACAGAAACAAUUAACCUAUUACAAAAACCAAGUUUUACCCGAUGGAAGCUACCCUGUUUAUUUUACUUCAAAUGAUCUCUUGAAUGAGGAUGAUGCCUGCCCACCGCUACCUCCGAACACCCCGGACCUGAGCAAAUAUAUUGUGCUGAUCAAAAUAGGGAGCUGUUUUAUAUCCGAAAAGGUUCACCACGCUCGAGCUAAAGGCGCAAAGCUCAUAUUUUUCUACAUGAAAUCGAGAGUUAUUGUUUCAAUGCACAGUCGAGUAAUGGGUGCCACCAUCGCAGGAAUUUCCUUGGAAGAUGCACAGUUUAUCGCGCAAGAAGCCAAAAAGGAUCCUCAGGGAUUCCGUUUGGUAUUCAACACAGCGAACCUUCGUACUUUUGUCCUGCAGCCGGGAUUGGAAAGCCCGUUUUCACAAUUUGGCCCAAGCUUUGACUUUGUCAGCCCGCAACCUGCGAUAUCAGGAAUAGGUGGUAAUGUGGUUUCCACCUUCCCAAUGGUAGACGGAGCAUUUUCCUCUUUAAGUGGGACCUCGAUGUCUGCUCCACAGCUUGCAGGUAUAGCUGCUCUCAUACUGAGUCACAGGGGGAAAAAGGGCUUCACUGGUUAUACCAUGCGAGAUCGCUUGACGACCUCCAGUCGCAUAAUAAACUAUUCUUCUACAAUUCAUAAACCACAUACUGUUGUGCAUCAGGGUGGCGGUCUUAUAAAUGCCUGGUGUGCCGUGAUGGCGAAUACGAUAAUUCCAAAUGCUACUUUGGCCCUUUCUGAUUCACUUUCCUUCAAGACGGAUCAACAAAUUAAGAUCGUCAACUCAGGUAAUAAGCCUGUUCGAUAUCGUCUCCAACAUCUCCCGGCUGUAUCUGUCAAGACGUUUGGAGCAAAUCAGAAGUUCAAUCGCCCCGAUGUCACUCCUGAUACCGAAGGACUAGUAGCGAAUGCCGUGAUGACGCCAGAGACAUUUACAUUGGCACCAGGCUCUGAUCAGGUCGUCAAAAUACGCUUCACGGCACCCAAAGCCAGUAGUGUUGAUCUCACGGUUUACUCGGGAUACAUCAUUCUUGACGGUGAUGUGGAGUGUGAAAGCCACAAUGUUCCCUACUACGGCGUUAUAGGUUCACUUAAGGAUCAAGAAAUCAUAGAUCGUGGCCCUGUGCCUGGAUCGUCAACCGUGAGGUUCCCAUACGUAGCUUUCAAAUCCGAUGAGCUCACAUCCGAAGGCUUUCCAAUCUACACUGCCCAGAAAACUAAUUUCAUUUGGAAACUAGCAGAGAAACAGUCCUUGUACCUGCUGUUUCGAACGGUCUUUGGCUCGCCAACAUUACGUAUUGAUGUGAUUGCGGGUGAUGCAAACCCAACACCCUCGAAAAGUACAAAGGGCUCUCACUUUGAUAAAUCUUUUGGUAACACCAAAAUAAUUGGGAUGGUUCCUGGCACUGAAUUUACAUCCUUGGCCCGCUCUGGGCUCGGCGACUCCUACACUACCAUUUGGGAUGCAACAAUUGUCACUGGUGGCAUUGACCAGUCCCCAAUUCCCCUACCAAAUGGCAACUACAGGCUGCUGAUAAGGGCUUUGCAUGUCAAUGGUCGAAAAGACGUAGAGAGCGAUGUCGACUUCUGGCUCUCGCCCCCGUUUACACUAGUCAGAUGACAGCAAUAAUGUGCUCUUUUUUUGGAUGCCCAACCAAUAAAUCAAAUUUGGUAAAAUUAAGGACACCACAAAAUACUUUCUUCAGUCACUCAU